GGUCCGAUAUCUUGUGGCGCAUUGACAGUUGGAUCUGCACUGCCCGGUUGGUAACUUUAGGAUCCCCGUUCUUGUGAAAUUUUGUGAUUUUAGAGCUAUUUCCUAUACAUUAUAAAUCAAAUUUAGUGGUAAAUAGUGUGUCCUCCAAGAGUUUUAGGUGUUCAAAAUGAAGUUAGUGAUCCUUGAUUCUGCCGAUUAUGUGGGGGAGUGGUCUGCCCGGUAUGUGAUGAAACGGAUAAAUGCCUUCAAACCUGGCCCAGACAGAUACUUUGUUUUGGGCUUACCAACUGGCAGUACCCCAUUGUCCAUGUACAGGAAAUUAAUCCAAUUUCAUAAGGAAGGGAAAGUGUCCUUUAAGUUUGUUAAAACGUUUAACAUGGAUGAAUAUGUUGGUUUACCCAGAGAUCACGAGGAAAGCUACCACUACUACAUGUGGAACAAUUUCUUCAAACACAUUGAUAUCGAUCCGAAAAAUGUGCAUGUCCUUGAUGGAAAUGCAACUGACUUGGCCGCAGAGUGUCUGGACUUUGAGAAUAAAAUUCAGGAAGCUGGUGGAGUAGAGUUGUUUGUAGGUGGCAUUGGACCUGACGGACAUAUUGCUUUCAACGAACCUGGGUCAUCACUAGUUUCACGGACACGUGUCAAAUCUUUAGCACAAGAUACUUUAGAGGCCAAUGCACGAUUUUUCGGAAACGAUAUGUCCAAGGUGCCGAAACAAGCAUUGACUGUUGGGGUUGGUACUGUAAUGGACGCUAGGGAAGUUAUGAUUCUCAUUACCGGGGCACAUAAGUCAUUUGCAUUGUAUAAAGCAAUCGAAGAGGGUGUUAAUCAUAUGUGGACUGUCAGUGCUUUCCAACAGCAUCCAAAUACGCUUUUUGUAUGUGAUGAAGAUGCUACGCUUGAAUUGAGAGUGAAAACUGUGAAAUAUUUCAAGAGCCUUAUGAACGUACAUUCCAAAUUGAUCGAAGACGAUUAGACCAUUAGUUUCGAAGUGUAAAAGUGAAUUUUCUAUCUAAACGUUUUUAAAGUUUUUGUAUUUUUAUUCUUUAUAAAAAAUAAAAAAAUAUUAGAAAUUUUGAA